AUGGCGGCCUUGGGUUGUUGACGGAAGUCAGUGAUACGGACGGAAGAAGAACGGUAGUCACAUGUGUCCACGAGAAAGAUAUGGGGACACGGAGAAAGUGUGAUUGAAAAGAGUUGUCGAUCGAGAUACAGAGAAAGGGAUUUGAAGACAUUUCCAAGUCAAAAUUAUCUGACAGGAUGGAGCGAUUCUAGACUGCUAUCGGACAGAUUUGAUGAAAGAAUCCAUCUGAUGUUGAUCACUGAGAAGAAUGGAGGAAGUAGAAGUGACGGUUCACAGCAACUUGCCUGAGGGAGAGCCGCAGGGCACAUUUCACAUUAUUUUAAACGAAAAUUCUAAGGUCAGUGUUCUGAUCCGUAAAGUUUGUUCAGACAACGCUAUUCCACUGAAGAGUUCGUAUGUGCUGCGAAACAAAGACGGACAUGAACUGAAUUGGUCAACAUCAGUCAAGGAAAAUGUUCAGACCAGUGGCAAAGAGUUUUAUCUUUGGAACACAGCAGAGGAGGUGACAACAACGGGACGGAAAUGUGACUGUAACAUUUGGUGGUUCAUUGGCGGGAUAAGUCUGGUGAUCGGCAUCCUUGGUCUCAUAGCCAUCAUAAUCAUGUUUCUUCAAAACGGGAAAACGGAAUAUGAGUACGGAGUAGUGAUGGAUGCUGGGUCCAGCCACACAACCCUGUAUGUUUACAAAUGGUCCGGCGAGAAAUACAAGGACACGGCUCUGGCAGUGCAAGCAGAUUUCUGUAAAGUUUCAGGUCCAUCAAUAUCAAGUUACACGAAUAACCUCCAGGACCUAGCCAAACAUCUGGAGGUAUGUUUAGACAAAGCCAGGAAUACUGUGCCCGCGGACAAGCAUGCGACCACACCCAUCUACCUGGGGGCCACGGCCGGAAUGAGGCUGCUCCAUGCAGUCAACACCAGUCAGAGUGAGGCCAUUUUGUCCGUCAUCCGAACUUCUAUUAAGAAAUACCCAUUCAUGUUCAAUAACGCCACCCAACAGGCUCGAAUCAUCUCUGGUGACGAGGAGGGGCUGUACUCCUGGGUGACCAGUAACUAUGUAACGGGAUCCUUCGGUGUGAAAAAGCCACUGUUACAAGGAGCAGGUAAAUCCUGGCAGAUGACAGCCUCUGGAGACGGAACUGUCGGGGCCAUGGACCUAGGUGGCGCUUCUACACAGAUGACGUUUUACCCCGGUAGCAUUGCCAUGCCUCCUGCUUACGAAAAAGAUUUGACUCUGUUUGGGUUGAAUUAUUCCAUAUACACUCACAGUUACCUGUGCUACGGAGUUAACGAGAUCACAAGGAAAUACCAGGCACUUCUCAUCAAGAACCAGAACUACACGGACACUGUAAGCAACCCCUGUGGCCCGCUGGGUAAAAACAUCAGCGUCCCUUACACCGAAGUGUUUGAGGCGCCCUGUACCAGUGACUCCAGGCCAUCAGGCAUUGACAGGAAUACAACAUUCCAGCUGGUGGGAGAGAGUGACAAUGCCAUGUGCCAUCAGACAGUCCAGCAACUCUUUAACAUGAGUACUGUCUGUCCUCAGCCUCCCUGUACAUUUAACGGCACGUACCAACCAAAGGUGUACGGCAAAUACUAUGCAUUUUCCAACUUUUACUAUGUGAUGGAGUUUCUGAACCUGACCUCGCCAAAGAUGUCCCCGGAGACAAAGUUGUCAGACGUUGUAGAGGCUGUUGGGACCCUUUGUGAGAAACCCUGGAGUGAGGUUCGGUACAUGAAGACGGAUAUAAAAUAUCUCCUACCGGAGUUCUGCUUCAGGGGACGAUACAUCCUCACUCUUCUCCAUGAGGCCUACAAGUUUGACGACGACGAUGGGUCAUGGCGAAAAAUCAGCUUUGUUAAUAACUUGGAUGGUACAGAAAUAGGCUGGAGUUUGGGGUACAUGAUAUCACAGAGCGUCCACGUUGCCGCGGUAACUCCAAAGACAGUGCUGCCUCUGACAACGUUUAUCCUCCUCGUCCUUCUCUUCUGUGUUUUCCUCUGUUUAUCUGUCGGCUUCGCAAUACAUGCCAUCAAAAGUCGAAAAUUUGAAACAAAGGGCAAAUAUCAACAGCUGUCCACUACAGCGAGGGCUAACUAUGGGGCUUUGUGAGAGAAAAAAAAGUUUCAUUUCCAUAAUGCUGGGGAGAUCAACUGAAGUUGCGUUUUUAGUCCCACAUUUGCCAAAUAUAGAUACAUAUUACAUUUUUAACAUGUUUAACAGAAAAAAUCACCUCAUGGGUUGUAGAUUUCUCUGUCACACCCUCAAGGUAGGGAAUGAUUAAUUUUCUCCCAUCCUAUUAUUUCAGUCACAACUCCA